GAAGUCGGUAAAAGAACGUUUAGCGUUUAGUCUUCGAUCAGAGUUCAGUCGAAUUUCAAAUUAACCACACACGCGCAGCUGCAGCUAAACGCCACCAUCAACAUGUACAAAAUCGUGUUCGUCGUAGCCGUGUUCGCCUUCGCUCUCCAGGGUGCCUUCAGCAGCCCCGUCGCCGAUACCGAGGCGAAGCAGCCCAACGCAAAUCCCGGUGUGGUGAAUGUCGUGAAUCCAUCCGUGAAUAGCAAGGCCAAUGACGGAGCAGCUGACACUACGGCGGCAACCACCACGGAAGCUGCAGCCACUACCACUGCGGCCCCGAAGAGCGGCGCUUCCAGCACGGAAAUGUGCUUAUUGCUCGUCCAAGUCUCGUCGUUAGCGCUGGUCGCCAAGCACAUGCUGUUGUAAAUUUAUGUGGUCGUGUAGUUGUUUGACGAAAAACGGCGUAACUAUAAUACGCAAUCGUCAAAUUUAUACACAUUACGUAAUAAUGGUAUAAUAUAAUGAAAUUACUGUUUUAUUGUUCGUACAUUUUAUUUUCAUACAUAUAUUAUAAUGUUUAUUAAUUUUUAUAGUUUAACCUAUAAUCUAUAAGACAAUAAUUAUAAUUAUUUACAGUAGGUAGGUACGUCUUUUAUUACUUCACUAUUAGCGUAUAAAACAUAAUUUUUUUUUUUUUUAAUGUACAAUAUGCUAAAUAUCUGAAUGAUUAAUUUGAUAUUUCGUUUUCAUUAGUUAAUGAUAUUAUACAUCAUUAUACAUUGAUAUUUCUUCAAAAAAUAAAUAUAUUUUCAUACCAACUAUA